UUGACGUAUAUCAUAUGUCAAUUUUCAGCUGGAUGAAGUAUUAGUAAAUACUACAAGUUACUUAUAAAAUUAAAUGAUUUCAUCGUCCAAGCUUACAUUAAAAGCUCGUUAUACGUCAACAAUAUGGAGGUGGACAAGCACAACCCCAGACACAAAAGCGGUUCAGCCGCCAAACGCAAAGAAAAUAACCAGUGACAUGGUAGGACCUCCUGAUCCUAUUUCUAACUUAAGAAAGAUAAUAUUUAAACAACCAAGCAAUGAAACUAGAUUAGAGAAAAGAUACAGAGAGCUCCGCAUGGAAGUUCAAGAAUGGAAUCAAAAGUUCUGGACGCAACACAAUUCACGAUUCUUUCAGGAACGAGAGGAAUAUUUGAAGCAGAAUUUACCAGAGGGAAAGCAAACUUUAACUGCUGAUGAAAUGAGUGUUUUCUAUAAAUCAUUUCUAGACAAAAAUUGGAAGGCUCAUAUAACAUACAACUUGCAAUGGUACAAGAAGAAUGUCAUCCUCCUUAAAUUAGCUAUUCAAGUUAGGCUUAGAAGACUACUGAAAAUAAAAGAUUAGAAAUGUUA